CCGUUGUAUUCAUAGGCAGUAUAUCUGCAGCCAUGCCUAUACCACACGAUAUCGUUUACCUUGUGUGCUCUUUUGCAAUAGGCGAUGAUUAUAGUCAAUAUUUGUCCAUUAUGCAAGUCAACCACGAAUGGGCUGAAAUUGCUUGCCGAAUGCUGUACUGUAACCCGAGAUUGCAAAACUAUGUUGCAUUUUGCGGGUUUGUACGGACAGUGACCAAGGCCAACGGAAUACUACCUUAUGCCGAAUAUGUUCGAGCACUCGAUACGGCAGCCGUUAACAAAUACGACCUGCGGCGCCGACUCAUCAAGUUAAUUGCAUGUUGCCAUGGCCUCAUAUCACUCUCCCUUGGUUACCAACCUGCAUCUGUCGAACUUGACUUUUUUGCUCAAGUCAAACAACAUUGCCCUCGUCUACAAACAUUACAGCUCCCUGACAUAGAAAAAUGUAUUUUUAUGCAAGAAUGGAACUUUUCAGGCUUCAAACGCUUGCGAACCGUUCAUCUUAUUGCAGCACCAAUUGGCCCAUCAUCCAUUACUAGUCUGCCCAAACGGGUCAAAGUAGUGCGACUAGAGCGGGUUGCGUUCGACAAUUUGUACCUCGAACGACUCCUGAAAACGCACCCUUAUAUUCAAGAGAUUGAAAUCACCAACUGCAAAGAUAUAUCCAAAUUUCCUGGCUUAGCAUAUGCUUCUUCGCUGCAAUCCCUCACAAUCUCAGGGAGGACGAUAGACGAUAGUACCCUUAAGGAUAUAUGGAGCCUUCGGCAUACCUUCAUAAAAUGCGAUUUUCGAGAUACAUGUAUUACCGACGAGACUUUGAUUGCCAUCUCAAACUCUAGCGUCACUAUGAACGAACUUUAUCUGAACGACUGUAGUGGAAUAACCAUUGAAGGGGCCAGAGCUCUACUUUUGGCAACCCCACCACCUGAAUUGAUUGACAUCACAGGCUGUAUGCAAAUUUCACCAGUCCAGGCUGAAUACCUAGAAAACAAAUCACCCAGUGGAACGAAGAUAAUCGCGCGAAAGAAGAUGAGCUUUUUCGUCAAUAACAUAUUUGAUUGAUAAUUUUGACCGCAAGCUUGGCACCACCAUGUAGUAACACCUAAUACUCAUUUUGUAUGCCCAGCGGUUGGACCAGUCUAUAUUUAACUCGCUUGCAUUUUGUACUAUUUAUUUGAUAUGCCAUCCUAUUGAAAUGCAGAGAUGUUUUGCGCAGGGGGU